CGGCGCGCGCGCACUGCGGGCCCUCCGCGGCGGCGGCGGCUGUUCCCGGCGGGAUCAGGUGGGAAAGAAAUGACUACCCCAAACAAGACCCCACCUGGUGCUGAUCCAAAGCAGUUAGAGAGGACCGGGACUGUUAGAGAAAUAGGCUCACAAGCAGUCUGGUCUCUUUCAUCCUGUAAGCCAGGGUUUGGAGUGGAUCAGUUACGAGAUGAUAAUCUAGAAACUUACUGGCAGUCAGAUGGAUCACAGCCUCAUUUGGUGAACAUCCAAUUUAGAAGAAAAACAACAGUGAAGACCUUAUGUAUUUACGCAGACUACAAAUCUGAUGAAAGUUACACUCCAAGCAAAAUCUCUGUCAGAGUAGGAAAUAAUUUUCAUAAUCUCCAGGAAAUCCGGAAAUGAAUCACCACGUCAUUUUGACUUUCAUCAGCUGCAAAUUCUGCCUUUCCAUCUUCCUAAUUGUACCAUAGCGAUUUGGGAGCUGCGCAGCGUCUGAGGAACGCAGCUGGAUCCCUUCCGCUCAGGCUGCGGCUCAGUUUCCCGAGUGUCCACUAGAUGUCAAUGUUUGCCUUAAUUAUCACUUAGAUUUUUGCACUUUUCUCUGCCCUUUCAAUAGCUAAAUGAUUAUUAUCCUUUCUGUAGUCAUGCUUAGUACAGCACUAGACAACUCACUGCCUAACUUAAGUUUCUCAUACAGUGGUAAGCUCUUACUCUUGAGGGUAUGUGUGUUAUUAACAUAUUAAAGAUCUGUAAAGCAAUAAAAGUAUUACAAGUGCAUUAGUUUUCUCCAGUGUCUCAGGCAGUAUUUCUUUAGCUCUUUUCUUGCCAAACACGGGAUUCUAUGCAUAAUGUAUGUAGUUAAAAAUGGUACUUCUGUAUGAUACCAGUUACUAGCAUUUUUUAUGGUAUAUGAAUGUGACUAUAAUGUGAUGCAUGGCAGUAAUUCUUAUGCAUACCACAUGCUCAUGUGCUUUUCUUUUGCUUCCAAAUUGAGGAGAAAAUAUGGUCAUGCUUCUUAUUAAUGAGAUACAAUACACCGAUGCUGUAAAAUGCUUGUGACUGUCAUCACCAUGAUGUUACAUGUUGCUGUCAAUUUUCAUAUUUCCUAAACUGCUUGAUACUGUUUCUUGAAUUUUCCUUCAGUCCCAAAAUUUUCUUCAGCUUCCCUGACACAUGGGGAGAUUAUUAAAGCAGUGUGAACUGUUAUGAGCUCUUUAUAGAAAUCUGCUUAAUUAUACAAUGAUUCCAUUGGCUUCAGUACUGAUUAACUGGGUGGAAAAUCAGGCUAAAGCAUUUUAUAUUUUUCCAUGGAUGCUUGCCCAACUCACAGUGUCUAAUGAACAUGUUUUCUUUGCUAAUGGUCUAAUUUUCAAUACAAUGCAAUAUGCUGUUAGGCUAAACUUUGUCACAAAUAUAAGAACAGCUUUAGUUUGUAUUCUAGUAUGUUUGC